AGCUUGGCAAUAGCAACACCGACCGAGAUUCAUUAAUGAUUAAUCCUUCAACUUUCCGUCACCGUCAUUCUUCCUCCUCCUCCUCCUCCUCUUCUUCCGUCUUCCUUCUUACAAGGUCGGCAAGAUGCUUUCCGGCAUCCUGAUCUUUAACCAGAAGGGCGAGAACCUCAUCUUUCGGGCUUUUCGAAAUGACUGCCGACCUCGUCUGGCCGAUGUCUUUCGAAUUCAAGUCAUCUCGAAUCCCCAGGUCCGCUCACCUAUUCUCACCCUCGGCAGCACUACCUUUAGUCACGUCAAACACGAAAACAUUUAUCUAGUCGCUAUCACCAAGAGCAAUGCGAAUGCUGCCUUAGUCUUCGAGUUCCUCUACCGGCUGAUCCAGCUUGGUAGGGGUUACUUUGGCAAGUUCGAUGAAGAGGCCGUCAAGAAUAACUUUGUGCUUGUCUACGAACUUCUAGACGAGAUUAUCGAUUUUGGAUACCCCCAGAAUACCGAAACCGAUACGCUAAAGAUGUAUAUUACAACCGAAGGUGUUAAGUCCGAACGCGCUGCCGAAGACUCAGCCAAGAUUACCAUGCAAGCCACUGGCGCAUUGUCGUGGAGAAAGGCCGAUGUUAAGUACAGGAAAAACGAGGCAUUCGUCGACGUGAUUGAGGACGUGAACCUUUUGAUGUCCGCUACCGGCACUGUGCUCCGUGCCGAUGUCACCGGUCAGAUCAUCAUGCGCGCAUAUCUCUCCGGCACCCCCGAAUGCAAGUUCGGUCUCAAUGACCGCCUUCUACUGGAUCACGAUGGUCUUCAGUCGCUACCGAGUGGAAACAGACUCGGCAGCAAAGCUACGAAAGCAGCCGCCGGAAGUGUUACCUUGGAGGAUUGUCAGUUCCAUCAAUGUGUGAAACUAGGCAAGUUCGACUCAGACCGAAUCAUUUCUUUCAUCCCACCCGACGGAGAAUUUGAGCUUAUGCGCUACCGAGCAACCGAGAACGUCAAUCUACCCUUCAAGGUGCACGCCAUCGUUAAUGAAGUUGGCAAGACCAAAGUCGAGUAUAGCAUUGGCGUCAAGGCGAAUUUUGGCAGCAAGCUAUUCGCAACCAACGUGGUUGUCCGCAUCCCAACUCCGCUCAACACCGCUCGUAUCACGGAACGUUGUACUCAGGGGAAGGCUAAGUAUGAACCAAGCGAAAAUCAUAUAGUAUGGAAAAUUGGUCGCUUCACCGGCCAGAGUGAAUUUGUGCUGAGUGCUGAAGCGGAGCUCACUAGCAUGACGAACCAGAAAGCCUGGUCACGCCCACCCCUGAGUAUGAGCUUCAGUCUUCUCAUGUUUACCAGUUCAGGUCUGCUCGUACGCUACUUAAAGGUGUUCGAAAAGAGUAAUUACUCGAGCGUGAAGUGGGUGAGAUACAUGACACGAGCAGGGUCCUAUGAAAUUCGUUUCUGAUCGGAUCAAACGAUAAUACUUUCGAGUCUACCUCGACCGCAUAUCGCGGGAGACUUUACUAUAACUCUCCUCGCAAAUUAAUGAGGGUCUUGUCUUAACGACACCCCUUAAAUCGGUUACGGCCAAUGUUUCGAUCAUCAUCCCGAGAUAUCGACGAGAUUGAAACAUGAUGCAUAUAGCACCCUGCUAUGUAAGGUGCUUUCAUGGGUGUAGUCGAUAGGCUAUUCGACCUUACCCCAAAUACCAGAUCUGCCCGCGAGGGUAAGACGACAGAAAUGAAUAGUCGUCGGAUAUAGUGCACAAAUUUCAAUAGUGGUGUACUUGUUUGUAGCUCUACGUAACGGAUAUAUCCCAUACCUUUCACAUAUUGGAUGUGAUGAAGUUAGGACUUGCAGAAGGGACUGAGUAGAAGAUUAAAUGAUUAGUAUGAUUAGUAUAACCCCGCGGGAUUAUACACCUACCUAGGUAGUAAUGACAAAUCUACCAACCAGAU